AUAUAUAUAUAUAUAUAUAUAUAUAAAGGCUGCCAUCCUAUAUUAUUUCAUUGCAUGACCUGAAAGUGAAGAAACCAUAUGGCUUUCUUCCCAACUCCCUUGCCUGGGACAACUUCAUCACCCGCCAAUGCCACUCCGUCCAGUUUGCCCACCACAUCUUUCCCACCAUUUGCCGGAAUUUCUGGGCUUCUCAAAUCCAAAAAAUGUAACAAACAUCGUUUCAGGGUAGCUUGCCAAGCCAAAGAUAACGAAAAAAAUGCAUCCAGGAGAAAUGUGCUGAUUGGGUUAGGAGGACUUUACGGUGCAUCCAGUCAAGCCGCGGAUCGCUUCUCAUUUGCAGCUCCAAUUCAAGGCCCUGAUGUUUCCAAUUGCGGCCCUGCGACAAUACGCGAAGGUAUUCCACCAACCAAUUGUUGCCCUCAGGUGCCUACGAACAUCGUCGAUUUCAAAGCUCCUUCUUUCUCCACGAUUCGUGUUCGUCCGGCAGCUCAUAUGGUGGAUAGAAAUUACAUUGCAAAGUACAACAGGGCCGUACAACUCAUGAAAGCUCUUCCGGAUGACGAUCCGAGGAGUUUCAAACAACAGGCUAAUGUUCAUUGUGCUUAUUGCGAUGCCGCUUAUGAUCAACCCGGGUUCCCAAAUAUUGAACUUCAGGUUCACUUCUCGUGGCUUUUUCUUCCAUUUCAUCGCUUCUAUCUAUACUUCUUCGAGCGGAUCUGCGGGAAAUUAAUUGAUGACCCGAAUUUCACCUUCCCGUUCUGGAGCUACGACAUUCCAGGCGGGAUGGUUAUGCCAGCCUUAUAUACUGAUCGGAAUUCGUCACUUUACGAUCCACUUCGCGAUGCAGCUCAUCAGCCUCCGACAAUGAUGGACCUGGAUUUCGACGGCAAUGAUUCCAACCUUCCCAACGGCGAGCAAUUGUCUCAGAAUUUGACCAUCAUGUACAGGCAAAUAGUUGCAAAUGCCAAGACACCUCCCCUGUUUUUCGGGGGGGCUUAUCGGGCGGGAGAUGACCCUGACCCGGGCGCCGGAUCCAUCGAAAACAUCCCUCACAGCCCUGUUCACCUGUGGACCGGAGACAGAACUCAGCCGUAUCGAGAAGACAUGGGAUCUUUCUAUUCCGGAGCCAGGGAUCCGAUUUUCUUCGCUCAUCAUUCCAACGUGGACCGAAUCUGGUCCAUAUGGAAAACGCUGGGUGGAAAGCGGCGGGACAUAACCGACCCGGAUUGGCUAAACGCGUCGUUUCUGUUCUAUGACGAAAAUUCACAAAUGGUUCGUGUGCGUGUUCGUGACUGUUUGGAUACAACCAAACUCGGGUACAAAUACCAGGAUAUGGAGAUUCCAUGGCUGAAUUAUCGUCCCAAGCCCCGAAUUUCCAAGGCUACCAGGAUGCUGAAGAAAAAGCAGCUUGGGUUUUAUAAUUACACGGCCGAAGAUGAUCGUUCAUAUAAAGAGAUAUUCCCAUUGAAGCUGGAGAAAACAACAGUGAAAGUUAUGGUGAAAAGGCCAAGUAACAAGAAGAGGUCCAAGAAGGAGAAAGAGGAGAAAGACGAACUGUUGGUGAUAGAAAAGAUUGUGGUGGACAGGGGUCAAUUUGUGAAGUUUGAUGUUUUUGUGAACGACGAGGAUGAUCCCAAGAGUACCCCAGCCAACUCCGAAUAUGCUGGAAGUUUCUGGCAUGUGCCUCGUCCCAAGCCUAAUCAGAAUGAUAGUAAUAAAGACAGUGAUGAUCAUACGGACCAGAUUAAGACUAAUUUGAAAUUGUCAAUCACUGAGAUUUUGGAAGACUUGGUUGCUGAAGAAGAUGAUGCUGUGGCCGUGACUUUGGUUCCAAAAACUGGCAAAGCCACUAUUGGUGGGCUGAAGAUCAAGAUUGAUGACGGAGUCGUAUUGUUCAUUGAUCAAAAACACAGGUGCCUUCAUAACCUUGAAUCUAAGUUCAACGCACUUGGGGUGGCAUUGAAGUACGGCGAUAGUACACAAUUACGGUACUACAAUCUAUAG